UUAUUUUGAAAGCAAGCCGCUAGAAUUGACUUCCGGUCAUGUUGUGUAAAACUUGCGUGAGGAAGUUGCAGUACUUGUUUGAACGUUUGGAAAGGUUAACGCACCACAAAAAUGUUGGCAUCGAGUUUCAGGGACUGCAAGGCCUGGUGUGCAGAAGGUCUCCCCCUGUCCACCAGCAGCAAUGAGGCUUGCAAACUCUAUGACGCCAUACUCACCCAGUAUGUGAAAUGGCAGAAUGAUGAAAACGUGGGAGGAUUUGAAGGAAGCAUUUCUGCUAUUCAGGCAGCUGACCCCAACUUUGUCAUGGGUCAUGUGAUCAGUACGGGGCUGGAGCUGGUGUCGACGGCGAGCUCCACUCGUCUGAAUCAGCGGUUGGCCGGCGCUGUGAGGCGAACCGUGGAGCUGGCCAACAGCCAGGCCCUCUCCCCCAGAGAGAGGCUCCACGUCACGGCCAUGGAGCACUUCUCCCACGGACAAUUUUCAAAGGCCUGCAACGUCUGGGAGGACAUUCUGGUGGAUCACCCCACUGAUAUGCUGGCUCUCAAGUUUUCUCAUGACGGUUACUUCUACAUGGGAGCCCAAGCCCACCUCAGGGACUCUGUGGCCAGGGUGCUGCCCUACUGGAAACCACACAUGCCUUUCUUCAGCUACCUGAAGGGAAUGUAUUCCUUUGGUCUCAUGGAGACGCACUUCUACGACCAGGCUCUGAAAGUAGCCAUGGAGGGCCUCGCCAUGACUCCGGAGGACGCCUGGUCCGUUCACUCUGUGGCCCACGUUUAUGAGAUGAAAGCCGAGGUGGACAAAGGCUUGAAAUUCAUGGAAAGUAGAGAGAAAGACUGGCAGGUGUCUGACGUGCUGGCCAGUCAUAACUAUUGGCACUGGGCUCUAUACUUCAUCGAGAAGGGGCAAUACGAAGCCGCGCUGCAGAUCUACGAUUCUCAGGUAAUCAGACGCUGCAAAGCAACAGGAUCCAUGUUGGACACCGUAGACGCCAGUUCAAUGCUGUGCAGACUGGAAAUGGAGGGUGUGUGCGUGAAGGACCGUUGGCAGGAGCUGCUCCAGGUGACGCGCCCGCACACCGACGACCACGUGACCCUGUUCAACGACGCCCACUUCCUCAUGGCAUCGCUGGGAGCCAAGGACAGCGGCACCUCUCGGCGUCUGCUGGAAGGCCUCCAGGAAUUGGCAAAAGAGCCGGGGGACAAUCAACAGCAUCAUUUGGCAGCGUCUCUAGGUGUGUCGGUGUGCGAGGCCAUGAUGGAGUACGACCAGGGCAACUACGAUCGGACCGUGGACCUUCUGUACCCUCUACGCUAUCGGGUGGUAGAAAUGGGUGGGAGUGAUGCACAGAGGGACAUCUUCAAUCAGCUGCUCAUUCAUGCGGCCAUAAAAUCGGAGAACAAGCACCAUCAGAAAAUGGGAAGAUGUCUUGUACUCGAGCGCGAUGCCAUGAGGCCGAACUCCCCUCUGACGGGUCGUCUGAUGCAGAGGGCUUUGGCUCUUCACAACUAGGAGGACUGAUUGCAAGCUGCUCCGGGGAGUUCUCAUGCUAAUACAGUCAUCAUCCUAGUCUGAUGGGCCAGAGUUUAGGUUGCAUCCAAAACUUUCCACUGCAAUGCUUUUUGAAUCUAGAUCUUGGUGCUCUUGUACCUGCAGACCAUUUAAGCUUUGUACGUGACAUUAUACCACAUAAAUACAUACAUUCUUUGGAAUAAAGCCAAUCCUAAAGUCAUGUCCAAUAAUGAUUGAGUAACACAAAAGAUGCAAUACACUUUUAAAGCGGCAGACACGCUCACAUUCAAAAUGUAUUCGACGUCGCUGUGACACAGCAGCAAUAAAAAAGAUGCCCUUGCCCAUGUCAGACAAGUACUGC